UGAACCUCCAAGAGCUCCAAAAAGUCAAUCGUGAGACAUCACCAAAUUCUCAAUGGCGCUUCCGGCAGAUCUUGCGGCACGCUCAGCGCUGUCGAGAGUGUGUUCACACUGCUCAGUCUCUUUCAGGAGACAAGCCGGAGCCAGGUUACCCAAUGGCCUUUUUCAGGCCUCACAACGACAGCAGCAACAACGCUCCGUCCAUAGCAAAUGCCCCCCUCCACGAGCUGCCGUCGAUAGCAAUGUCCCCAAGCCUGCUCCAACCUCCGUUACGAAGCGCUUCUCUUCUGGCUUUGCCUUUGGAUCUAGUGCGCCCGCACCCACCAAGACCGAGAAGAAAAGAGUUCUGGAAGCCGAUGACCUCUUCCACUCGUUCACCAACUCUCCCAUUCCCGAGAUCCGGAAAAGAGCGGCUUUCAUGAGGCAGUAUGCCCGCUGCAACCACCCCGACCACCAGCCCCAUGGGAGCCUGGCACCCGCCCAUGUCGACUUCGAAUGCCCUGACUGUGGUAUUCCAGUGUCCUGCUCCAAGGAGCACUGGGCUGACGACUAUGAGAAGCACCUGGAAAUAUGCGAUACACUGAGGCAAAUCAACGAGGACGACCACGAUCUACGGUCCGGCCGCUUUUUCCCCGAGUUCGAAUAUGCUGGGCCACAAAUAGACGAAGCUCUGAUCAACAUGACCAACUGGGAUACCUUUUUAUAUACCCGCUCCUUCCUCGCCAUUGAUGAUGAUAGGAGCAUGAGACAGGCUACGAGGUUACUCACUUAUCCCGUCACAAUUGCCAGCGUGCUUCAUGAGCUUAGUCCAUACAAUCUCAAAUCUGGAGGAAGGCUGACUGCAGAGGGUCUGAAGAGCUUCAGCGCUCUUCGAUACACUCUUCACCCACCUAAAAACGGCGGUGGCAUGGACAUCAAGGGCCUUCGGGUAGAGGCCCCACCUGUUCGUCUGUUCAUUCUCGGUGCCCGGGCCGAGUCGUCUCUUCCUCGAGAUGUUUGGGUGCAACUCGCACAUGUGUUCCCGGGCUCCCGCAUUCACCUGAUCUUUAUUGGCCCUGAGAGCAUGACCAACCGAGACAACGAGUUCCCGCUGCCCCCUCGGACUGCUACCAACCCCUUCGGUGCUAUCGUCGAGGACCGAGUCUGGCCUACCAUGAAGAUCAGCACCAUCGUGGACUACUACCACACCCUCCACAAGACCGGUCACUUCUACCCUUACGACCCCUACUUUGACUGCUUCGUCAUGUUUCACCCCGGUCUGGGUCACCCAGCAAGCUCCCAUGAGUGGGUAGAGACGCUUCCCAUGCUUCUGGAAACCAAGGCCCCCAUCAUUGUCACUGGCUACACUCAGGAGGAUAUGGAGCGCGAUGUUGCGUGGGUCAACAAGACAGCUCAUGGUGAAUUCGACAUGCUUUUGGAGCCUGGUGAGAACCGGUUCCGCAGUCUUCGGUGGGAUUUGAACGAUCUUGAUCCCCAGGACGUCAGUGCCGGCAACUGGGGCGUCUGGGCAUUCAGAGGCAAGAGAUAUGAAACCACCCGCAAAGAUUCCGAAUAAGAUGUUUCCAACACUCGCGACAAUGAUUUGCACUCUAUGUGUUGUAUAGUAACUCUUGUUGGACCGAGUCUGACAAAGCUGUAUGUAUAUAAAGCUGUAACAAAAAAAUGACUGCUCCAGUUCUCGGCUGUUGGUCGUGAGCGCAUUUGCUGCGCACAAGCGGAACAUUAUGGAUGCAUGGCAAGGCUGCAGCGUAUUCAUACACCAUGACCGGAAGGCGGUCGCAUCCAGUACAUGUAUGUACAUGCGGUAGAGCGGUAGGAAGGCUGCAGGAUGCAGCAGGGGUAUCUUGAGCCUCAACUCUUGUCAAACGGUUGUCAACGACAUGAAUGUUUACAUUCCAGCACCGAGCAACGGGUGGGAAUAGGGGUCACAAAGGGGCUUCGCUUUGAUAUCCCUGCAUCCCCACAGGAUCCACCUGACAGCUCUUGAGACCAGGGAUGCCGUUGAAACGAGAGCCACAUGCUGUCGAUGCCUUCUGUCUCGGGUUCACGAUGAGUCCUGUGAAAGAUGUCGUUGGCACAACACC